AUGGAGAAAGAAAUCAAUGUAGCUUUGAGUAAGGACGCAACACAGUUGGGAGUCUACUGGGCACCUGGACGAGCCGUGGAUGGUUGUUCUUUAAAUGAUGACCCUGAUACACAGCUAUGUUGUAGUGCCUCGGAAAGUGCGGAUCCAACCGGCUCAGAUAACUUUUGGCAAGUUGACCUUCAGGAGGUAUACAGUGUCGGGCUGAUUGUGGUGUAUGGCCGUAUAGCUCCAAAAGGUGUAGAGCAGUUAGGAAAUUUUAUCAUGUACGGGCAGUCAGGAAGCACCGGUGAUAGGGUGCAACUUUACAACAACACGGGAGUCGAGUACGGGGACGGUAUUUUCCGGGUGGACGUCAAUCCGGAGAAAAAUAUGUCUGUCAUUCGGCUAGAACGUCCUACCCAAAAUGGAAUUAUUACUCUUUGCGAGGUAGAGGUGUAUGAAGCUUGCGACGAUGGGUCAUACGGUACGAACUGUUCAUCUGAUUGUGGAAAAUGUAUGAACGACCUCCCUUGUGAUAAAGUUACGGGCGCAUGUUCCUCGGGUUGUGAAGCUGGCUGGGUAGGACCGGAAUGCCAACAGAGAGAAAAUAUUGCCCUGAACGCUACUACGUCUCAGUCCAGCACGGCAGCUGAUUGGACGUCUGAUCGAGCUGUAGACGGCUGCACCAAUCGGAGCGCAGAAGCUCCGUGUAGUAGUAAAACACAACCAAGCACGGAAAAUUUUCUUGAAAUAAACUUGGAUAAAAGAUAUACUGUCGGAAGAAUCGUUGUAACCGGACCGGAAGAGGAAGAGGAGCUAUCUGGUUUUCAAGUUUACUUCGGUUCUUUUUUGAGGCAGCUUUUAUACAGUAAUGUUGGCAAACCGUAUGGUGAUGGGAUAUUUACAAUAAAUCUCCUACCACCACUGGACAUUUCAACACUAAGAAUUAUCCGUGACAACAGCACUGUCAAUGUUUCACUUACUGUCUGCGAGGUGGAAGUAUACGAAGUUUGCCCUUCUGGUUUCUACGGUGACCUCUGUGACCAGCCAUGUGGAAAUUGCCUAGGAGGCGACGUUUGCUAUGGUAACACCGGAAGUUGUCCUAGAGAUUGCGCAGCUGGUUGGCAUGGUGACACGUGUGAUACAGCCUGCAGUCCUGGUACAUACGGUGAAAAUUGUGACACAGACUGUGGCGUCUGCUUUAAUAACCAGUCUUGUAACAUAGUAAACGGAAGUUGCCCGGAUGGUUGUGAUCCUGGGUACCAUGGAGAAGCGUGUGAUAUGGUGUGUACAAACGGAACUUACGGGUAUGGGUGCAAUGAGACAUGUGGCUUUUGUUUUAAUGACACACAUUGUGACGUCAUAUCCGGUAAUUGUUCAUCAUGUGCGGCCGGAUAUCAGGGAACCAUGUGCAAGACAGAAUGUGGACAUUCGACAUUUGGACCAGACUGUCUUCAUAUCUGUAACUGUUUAAACAAUGAUACGUGUGACACAAGCACGGGUAUUUGUCAGAAUGGAUGUGCGGCCGGAUGGGAAGGGACGACAUGUAGCGCUGAAUGUCAGAACUAUACAUUUGGUCUAAAUUGCUCGAAUGAAUGCGGACAUUGUGUGAACAAUGAGACUUGUGACGUCAUUUCCGGAAUAUGUCCGUCCGGAUGCGCACUAGGAUGGUUGAAUGAAAAUUGUAACGUCUCGUGUAGUUCUGGGUACUAUGGUGAGAACUGUACUGAGUCGUGCGGUCACUGUCUGAACAAUGAAACUUGUGAUUUCGAGACUGGAGUUUGUGCAAGCGGAUGUAAGGCAGGCUGGCAGGGGGAGAAAUGCAAAACGGAAUGCAACAAUGGAACGUUUGGAGAGAAUUGUGUUGGUAACUGUUAUUGCGCGGGUAUGGAGGCGUGUGAUAAAGAAACGGGAAUUUGUCCUUCCGGUUGCGAGAUAGGAUUUUCCGGAGAAUUUUGUCAAUUUGAUACAAAUAGGGCUAUAAAUAAAACAGCCAGACAGUCCACAACUUUAUCUGCCGGCGGCGUCGACUUCACAGCGGAUCUUGCAGUGGAUGGUAAUUUCGAACAGUCUGGACCAUCUAGGACUUGCAGCGCCACCCAGCCAGCACCGGCCGAUAACAAUCCACCUUUCUGGUUUGUAGAUAUGGACAACGUUACCAGGGUUGAUUAUGUGGUGGUUUAUGGGAAAGCAGAUACAUCAGCCGAGUUGGAAGGUUUUCUUCUGUACCUUAGUAACUCAACCAACAUCACUGGCCUGGAUCCCAUGUACAACAACACCGACGUACCGUAUGACAAUGGUGUUUUUAACGUCAGUUUUGGAAAUGGCGUGACGGCACAGUUUAUCUACAUCACUUUAGAAGAUGUUCGUACCCUGAGCCUGUGUGAAGUUCGUGUGUUUGGAGAAUGUCCAGACGGUACUUUUGGAGCCCAAUGUCAAGGCACGUGCUAUUGCGCAGACGGCAAUCCAUGUGAUAAGACUUCCGGUGUAUGUCCAGAUGGGGGCUGUAUUACAGGGUGGAUUGGUGAACAGUGUAACGAAACAUGUCGCCAGGGCUUUUAUGGAGAUGCAUGUUCAGGAAUAUGCGGAGCAUGCGCAGACAACAUGACGUGUCAUCACGUCACUGGUUUAUGUGACAACGGCUGUUCCGACGGCUGGUCAGGCGUCAUGUGUAAUACAUCUUGUGCACCGGGCAAGUAUGGAAAGGAAUGUAACUCUACAUGUGGGAAUUGUAAGAGUAAUGCCGCAUGUGAUCACGAGACAGGGGCAUGUACCGGAUGUGCUGCAGGGUAUCACGGAACUUUGUGUAUGACAGGGUGUACAAACUCAAGUUUUGGUGAAGAUUGUGCAGGAAUAUGCGGGAACUGCGUAAACAAGACCGAAUGUGACGUCAUAACCGGAAACUGUGACAGCGGCUGCGCUGACGGAUAUGUUGAACCAUUAUGUACAAAAGUGCAAGCGAUAGUUGGUGACGAUUCUGAUAGUGACAAAAACGUAGGUGCCAUUGUUGGGGGAGUGAUUGGUGGAGUAGCCGCUGUUAUUCUUAUUGGAGUUGUGUACAAACUCUGCAGUAAUCGAGGGAAGCUUCCAAGAACAGAAAAAGCCAUGUCAUAUUACCCUUCGAUGAGAUCGGCAGAGGCCGCCUCGGCAACUAACACUGGCUUCAACUCGAUGGAAGGUUCUGUUAACUAUUACAAUUUCGACAGCAACACUAGGUUAUGA